CGCAUCAGCGUUAGUGGGUAACACGGCGCGUCUCCGAUGCCGCAUCGACGGCAAGUCUUGCGGAGAGAUGCACAGCAUCAAGUGGUACAAGGCUGACUCCAGGGUGUACGUGUACUCUGCCUCCAAGGACUCGCCGAUCAACCGGCCUGAGGGAGACAUGAUGGACAGAAUUUCGAUCUCCCACGAGCCGAACGCAACUUUCGCGGAGCUGGUGAUCUCGAACGUGAAGGCUGAUGACGAGGGCGUGUUCCGCUGCGAGAUCACGUACCUGCAGGUCGGCGAGGACUGCAACACUGUGCAAGUCACCGACUUCCACACAUACAUAAAACCCAAGUCAGUGGAAGUGGUGACGGGAGAUGGCAAGGUGUUGGCCGACGGGGAGGUCCUCGGCCCUCUCUACGAGAGGACCAAGAUCAACGUGAGCUGCAUCGUGCGCGAGGGCAAGCCGCAGCCGAAGGUCGUGUGGUACUUCAACGGAGAAGAGAGACUUGACGCGGCGACGUGGACGGACGCGCGCACGGUGGUGCACUCGCUGGCGCUGACGGUGACGCGCGGCGAGCUGGCAGCGCGGCUGCUGUGCGCGGUCUCCUCCGCAGCGUUGGAGGAGCCCGUGCAGAGGAAACUCUCGCUCGACGUCAGAGUAUCCGCGAACAAGACGUACAUCACGGGCAUGGGCGCGCACGCGACGCAGGGCACGCUACUGACGCUGGAGUGCAGCGCGGGCGGCGCGCGCCCCGCCGCCUCGCUGCGGUGGUACAACGGCACCACGCUGCUCGACCCCAAGGAAAACAAUAUACACCAGCGGCAGGUUGAGAUGAGCGACACGACGUUCGAAACGUCGUCAAACCUGACGUUCGAGGCGACGCGCUUCGAGAACGGACAAAAGUUCCACUGCGAGGCGACCAACGAGGUCACCGAACACACCAACGACCAUCCCAUGCACGCCACCAGGGAGCUAGAGAUAUGGUAUCCGCCGGUGGUGCGUGUGGAGCCGACCAACAUCACUGUGAUCGAGGGCGCCAAGCUGCUGCUCAAGUGCGAGUACGAGAGUAACCCCUCCUCCCUCAACGAGGUCACCUGGUUCCGCGACGGCGAGCGUGUGAAUGUGAAUGAAACAGAUCACUACGAGGGCGGCACCACCGAGCAGCAGUCGCUGAUCAUCGUGGCGGCGCGCGGCACCGACAUGGGCAACUACACCUGCCUGCUCGCCAACCAGGUCGGCAACGGCACCAGCGACCACGCCGUGCGCGUCAACGUGCUCUUCGUCCCGCAGGUGCGGCUGACGAUGAGUGCGCCGAGCCCCGUGCUGGAGAAGGAGCACCAGAACGUGACGCUGGCAUGCGAGGUACAGUCCGGCAACCCACCGACCCUCGACGAGGUCGUGUGGUACCUGGACGGCGAGCUGCUCAAGCACCUACCCGAUUGCAACAACACCGACGCUGAAGAGAACUUAUGCAACGAGGUAGACCCAUCGAUGCUGCUGCUACAGGAUACCACCAAGAGCUUCCACGGGAACUAUUCGUGCAAGGGCAAAAACUUCGCCGGCUGGGGCAACGAGAGCGCCAAGACAGAGCUCAUCGUUAACUACCCACCCGGUCCGGCGAAGUUGACGUACUCGCCGUGGCGCGUGGUGAAGGGCAAGUCGCUGGUGCUGAGCUGCAGCGUGGCGGAGAAGGGCAGGCCCGAGGCGAACCGGUUCCGCUGGCUGCGCGGCGGCCGCACCGUCAGCGACAUCGUGUCGCAGAACUGGACCAUCGACCCGGUCACGCUCGACCACCGCACCAACUUCUCCUGCCGCGCCUUCAGCGCCGCCGGCGACGGCGCGCCCGCCACGCUCGCCAUCAACGUGCUCGCGCCGCCCAGCUUCAAAUACGCGAUGAACCACUACAGCGGCGCCCUCUACAAGUCGCAGAACAUCUCGCUGUCGUGCACGGUGGAGUGCGCGCCGCUGUGCAGCGUGCAGUGGCUGAAGAACGGGCAGGUGAUCCCUGCGAACGACACGCGGUACUACGUGCACGAGCGGCACAUCGAGCCGCAGGGCAACCGCAACGACUUCGAGGCGACCGAGUCGACGCUGCACUGGAACAUGUCGGCGUGGCCCGGCGGCGUGCUGGACCGCGCCGCCGACACCGCCUCCUACACCUGCCGCUCCUCGCGCAACCUCGCCGGCCCGCCCGUCAACAGCACCACGCAGUUCGCUGUCGAGUACGAACCGGAGAAUAUCACCGUCACGCCGAAAGUCGUGUCCGUCGUAGAGAACGAGAUACCAGCGAGGGUGGUCUGCUCGGCCAAAGGGUUCCCGAAGCCGUCGUACUCGUGGCGGCGCGUGUCGGCGAGCAAGUCGCGCGCGAAGGCGGGCGGCGGCGUGCUGUCGGCGUCGAGCGCGCUGCACCUGCCCGCGGCGGCGCGCGCGCUCGCGGGGCUGUACGCCUGCGAGGCCUACAACCGGCACGGCGCCGUCAACACCACCGUGCUGCUUGACGUCAUGUAUGCACCAGAAUGCGGCAUCAAACAGACAGAGAUCGACGGUCAUCAGGUGCUUGUCUGCUCGGCACACGCCAACCCCGCUGAGGUGUCAUUCACGUGGAAGCUGAAGAACGACAACGACUCACUGACGGAUGAGUCGAUCUGGCAGAGUGGCGCUCAGAGCUUCCUGCGGCUGAGUGCGGCCGUGGACGCGCACCGCACCUACCUGUGCUUCGCCAACAACUCCGUCGGCGUGUCGCGCGCCUGCGAGCGGGACGUCGUCGGCACAAAGGUAUGGUGGCGCGAUCCGCAGAAGCUGAUUUUGCUGGGGUGCGCGGCGCUGGCGGUGCUGCUUGUGGCCGUGGUGCUCUGCAUCAUCAUCAUCUGCAUCUGCCGCCGCAUGCGAGCCAAGUCCAAGUGUCCGCCCACCAACGGCAUAGAUAACGCGGCGAACGGCGCGCUCGGCGUGGACGGGCCGGGCCUCUACGAGAACCUGCCCUUCCACGGGCUGCAGCAGCCGCCCAACAAGCCCGUGCAGGCCAUUCCGCCGCGAGUGGUGGCGAGCGCACUCCGGCCGCGCACCGGCGACGCGCCGCGACACGUGUGCGCGCCCUACGUGCCCGACGCACCCGCCGCGCACCCCGCGCACCCCGCACACUCAGCCGACAUGUACGCCACACCGCUCCCGCCGAAGCAGCGACCUCCCCCCGCACCCCACGUACUGCUCAACCCACACUUGCCGCCGAUGGAGCCGACGCACCUCUCGCCGCGUCCCGCUGCCUCCGCCGACUCCACCACUCGAUUUAGCUCGUUAAACACUCGGCCCCAGCGCCGCCCGCCACUGUUCCACUCUAUGAGAGCACUGCGCAAGAGAAACAUGGAGCGAUUCUACCCCAAUACAGAAUACGGGGAGGAUUUUGACGAGAUAAACAAUAACAAGCAAGAGUCCGACAACGAUGCCGAUGCGCUGUACGCCAACUGUGCCACGCUGCCGCGAGAUACCGACAUGCGCUUCGAGAACCUGACCGAUUCCAUACAGAUCUGCGAGGAGAGCGGACCGGGCGUCGGUGAGGCGGUGACGCCGGCGCGGCCGGUGCCCGCGCCCCGCACCCGUGCAGUCCCCGCGCCUGCGCUCGCCCGCGACCACGUCUACAUCAACCUGUCCAUGCCGCUCAUCAACACGCGCCUCUCCAAGUACACGGACACGGUGGACGUGCCGCUCCGCGCCACCAGCUCCGCGGCAGACCUCAGGCAUCACACGGAGACUGAUGAUGGCACUGACGUUGUCGAUUUUACAAAACCAAAUAUAGUGGCUGCAACGCCCAAGAAGAAUACGGCAAUGACAUUACCAUCCACGUCACUGGUGAAAUCAGUGCUGGAACAGUUUGGUGGUUAUGAGGGUGCGGGGAAGACGCAAAAGGCGUUACAAGGGAUGCGGGGAGUGCGGGUGGCCAUCGCUCCGGAGGGCACGCUGCACAUCCCGCCGCUCAGCGAGAAGCCGGUGCGCCGCAGUCAUUCGAUCGCCGGCGACGGUCAGGAGCGCUUUGCCAAGAGCGACACGUACAUAUAUUAGAACAAGCCGUUCCGCCCUGAAGACCAGUUUAUAUACGCGGACGCCGAGAUGAAGGACUACGGCCCCAUCGACUACAAGGGCGCCUCCAUCUACGCGCAGAUGAAGAAGAUAAAGGGCCAGCAGCGCUUGCAGCAGCUGCGCGACGAGCGCGACAGCCCCGACAUGCUGUGACGCACCGUGUCACCCCCCGCGUCCCCGCCCUGCGCCACCCCCCGCGUCACCAUCGGACGGCCCUUGCGUGGUGUCGUGCGCUCUAGUGCGUGUACAUACGUGUAAAUAUGUACAGUUGUGGAAGGUGCGACGAACUUGUGUUGAACCUGCACGACUCCUGUGCUUGUGUUGGCGAGCCCGCAGUUUGUUCGUGAGCCGCGCGUCGCCCGCGUGUGUCGCACUCACGCCACACGCACUGCCCCCGCGUUGCUCUUGUAGUUGUCGCGGUAUCCGUCCAAGCGGCGCUGACUCACGCCAGCUCCUGCAUGACACAACUUCUGCCUGUCGACCUAUCUGUUAAUAAUACAAUUAAAACCAUACCUACUGAAUGGAAUUUUUAUAAAUAAAAAGUUUGUCGUACGACAUCACGUUUAUUUUGUUUAUUCCUUGCUAAUGUGAGAAUAAUAAUGCGAAAUGGACAAAGAUUUUCGAACCACUUUGAAUAUGAGAUAAUCCAGACAAUCCCGUCUCGAAAUCCUCCAUUUCUAAAUGCUGACUAAGCCAGGUCCAACUCAUCUCCUCUUCAAAAAUGCCUUGGUUAAGGUGUUAUAUUUUACAAACAAUAAACUAAAUUCCUUUGCAGUAAAUUCUCAUGCACUAGGUAUCAUGUGCCGCGGGUGGAGGUAGCGUGUGGCACUUGCGCUCACGCACCAACGAGACGUUAACAAUCGCUCGCACGCGUAUACUGUGCCAUGCAAUCAGGACAUUGCACGAAGUAUGUAAUAUUAUGUUUAUUUGCGAGGGAUCUUCCGAUCUUAUUGAUGUUAACACAUGGCCCGCGCCAGCGAUUCAUUGAGAGCAGCAUUGUGAGUGCGACAGAGGCGGGCGCUCGAGUGGUCGCGGGCGGCGCCGCCACGGGACUAGUGCACGCACGCGGCGCCGCCCGCCGCUACACCCACUAGCGACAAAUUAAUACUAAACAUAGUGAAGUUUUGUACAUAAACAACUUGUUAUUGUCAAAUAGUGUUAAUAAAUUAAUUUAUGGAUUUUUAUACAUCUUUGUUUUAUUUCAUGCCCAUCGACAACUACUAAUAAGAAUAGGGUGUUUGACUGGUGUAACCAAAAAAUAUAAAACUGAUCCAGGAGAAAGAAUAGUGGGCGACAAUAUUUAUCAAAUAGAUUUUUUUAUUUUAAACGUAUUGUAAAUUUUUUAUAUAUGUCAUUAAAAUUUAGAAUUUUAAAUCUGUAUCCCUCUCGGCCUAAAACGACGCGAUGCCGGCCGCCAUUCCUAGUGACGUCAUCUCUCAUAAACAUUGCAUCAUUCAAUACAAUAAAUAUAUAGUAACGACUGCAUGACACAUAGAACAACAGAUGGCACGCACUCAUGACUUAAAAAAACCGAAGUUACAAAAACCAUAGUUUAUAUUUGACACUUAUAUUAAAACAUUAUUUUUUUGGUGACAACAUUUAUAACAUAAUAUACAACUAUAAACUUACAUUGAAAUGAACUUCACAAAAAUAACUCGCAGAUUUAUCCGACGUAUAUUUUGGAUCUCGUUGUGCUAAAGUCACCACUUCUUUCUUAAAUCUUUUGAUUUCGGCACAUGAAUGAACAAUUUAUCAGGAGUAUGUGGUGUUGAGUUAUUACGUAAAGGCACUGAACAAUAUUUAUAUGCAUAUUCUUUUUUUGUGGGAAAAGUUACAACUAACAGAUAUAAAUCGUAGACAAUUUGUUUUGUUGUAAGGUGCAGGUUAGGUGUCACAACUGUCACGAAUGAUUGUAUAUGGGCGAUGACAUCACACAGGGAAAACGCCACGCGACAACGCGUUUUAGCGCGAAAUUAUAAAUGACAAAAGAAAAUCAAGGAUAUUUAAUAAAUUGAGCAUAUUUUAACAAUAAAAAUAUAAUUCAUGCUAUAAGUGAAUAGUCCUCUAUCGUAGUACAAACAUUUUAAAAAAUUGUCAAACAUCCUAUACAGUACAUACUACAUUAAUCUUGAAUAAAUUAAUCUGCUCUAUUAUAAAAUUCCUGUCGAUCUCUAAAGGCUCUCGUUUUAUAUCAUGUAACUGAAAGAAAGGGGUAAGGUAAGGGUACCAUUUCCCAUAAAUAACGAACAAAAAAAGUACAACAUCCAAACUACUUUGAUUAAUAACAGGUACAUUGCACGACACUGAGCCAUCAAACUUAUGUACCUGUGACGUAGUGAUUAAGAGAGUACUUAUAAUGUGUCUCUUUGUAUUGAAGGCAUUAAUAAACGUACCAUAUAUAAA